CUAAUCUUCAGCCUCCUCUUCCAGUUUCAGUCCACAGUGCGUCGGGAAGUCGGCCGUCUCUCCUCUACCCUGUUCCCCAUUCUCUCCUGCUUUCAUCGAAUCUCCUGCAGGCAGGCUUCAAGCUUUCCCUACCUCCUUCCUUAUCCCCUUCUGUUCAUCUUUCCAAUCUUCACAGCUCUCUCGCACUCUCUCCUUGUCUGUUUCUUCUUGUUUCGUGCAGUGAAGUCGCUCUAUUUGAUAAACAACAAAAAACGAAGUCACUCUUUGUCCCCUUUGUUGAACCCUCACCACAGCAUACUGCUGGCGCCGAUAAUGGACUACACACCGCCUCCGUUUGACGACGGCUUCACUGCCGAGAAGCUCUUCUGCCAGGGUUACUCCUACACUUAUGACGACGUCAUUUUCCUGCCUCACUACAUUGACUUCCCUACUGAUGCCGUUCAGCUUGCUACCAGAGUCAGUCGUAAUGUGCCUCUAAAUAUCCCCUGUGUCGCUUCUCCAAUGGACACCGUCUCCGAAGCCCACAUGGCCGUCGCCAUGGCUGCCCUUGGUGGGAUCGCUUUUAUCCACUCUAAUACGACGCCGUCCGAUCAGGCUGCCAUGGUACGUUCCGCUAAGUCGCGUCGAGUGCCGAUUCUCUCCAGCCCUGUCUUCAAAGCACCCUCUGGGAGGAUUGAGUCGCUUGAUGAUUUUGGCGACUCACCGUAUGUUUUGGUGACUGAGUCGGGCACUUCGACAUCUAAGCUUUUGGGUUAUGUCUCGAAGUUGGAUUGGCGGAAACUAAACGAUAAAGAGGUGAAGAUAUAUGACUAUAUGGUGAACUCGUCGGAUUCAGUACCGUCGAGCUUUGAUUUAGGACAAAUCCAUGCGUUUAUGGAGGAGAAGAAGUCAAAUUUCGUGCCUUUGAUGAACAACGACGAGGUGUUGGAUUUGGUGACGAAGGAGGAUGUUGAAAGGAUUAGAGGGUAUCCUAAACUGGCAGCAGGUUCUGUGGGGGCGGAUGGGAAGUGGCUGGUUGGUGCGUCAAUUGGCACAAGGGAAAGUGACAAAGAAAGAUUAGAAUACCUACUGAAGGCUGGAGUGAAUGUAGUAGUCUUGGACAGCUCUCAAGGGAACUCUAUCUACCAGUUGGAGAUGAUAAAAUACAUAAAAAAUAAGUAUCCAGAAUUAGAUGUUGUAGGCGGGAAUGUCGUUACUAUGUACCAAGCUGACAAUUUGAUUCAAGCUGGUGUUGAUGGAGUGCGAGUUGGUAUGGGGUCUGGAUCUAUAUGUACGACUCAAGAGGUUUGUGCAGUAGGGCGAGGACAGGCAACAGCUGUUUACAAGGUCUCAUCGAUUGCUUAUAAAAGUGGUGUUCCUGUUAUUGCUGAUGGUGGCAUCUCAAACUCUGGUCAUAUUGUUAAAGCCUUAACGCUUGGAGCAUCUACUGUGAUGAUGGGAAGCUUCUUGGCGGGGAGCACUGAAGCUCCUGGUGCUUACGAGUAUCGGAAUGGUGUACGUGUCAAAAAGUAUCGAGGAAUGGGCUCUUUAGAAGCUAUGACAAAAGGUAGUGAUGCAAGAUACUUGGGCGAUACUGCAAAGCUAAAAAUUGCUCAGGGGGUUGUUGGAGCAGUUAAAGAUAAGGGUUCUGUCUUGAAGUUCGUACCAUACACCCUGCAAGCAGUUAAGCAAGGGUUUCAAGAUCUUGGUGCCUCCUCUCUGCAGGCUGCUCAUGAUCUUCUAAGAUCUAAGGUGUUAAGGCUAGAGGUCCGAACUGGAGCAGCACAGGUGGAAGGUGGAGUUCAUGGGUUGGUUUCUUAUGAAAAGAAAUAUUUUUGAUGGGUAUGAAAGUAUGAAACUAUGUAGCUUUCUCUGAAAGCUGUGGAUGAAGUCAAGUGACAAAAAUGUUUGUAUGAAUAGUGAAAUUCGGGAGGGACGAUAUUGGAUUUGCAAAGGAAAAGAUUCCACCCUCAUUUUAUUAAUAAGAACUCUUUACCAUCAAUUAUAUUUAUGAUUGUCUUGUAGAGUCAAGCUUAAUGUUGUCGAUUUAAUAUUUGAAUGAUGAUUUAAUGUUUUCAUCUCUGCAGUACUUGCAGAAAAUUCGUUGCAUCCAGUUGGAAUGUAUUGUUGAAAGGGCUGCAAGAGAUGAUAUAUUUUUUUAUUGAGCUUCGAAAUUGAGUAGAAGUCAUCUCAGUUAUUUGGA